UCACAUCAAAAUUGCACUACUUCUCAAAUUCCCAUCAUCACAAAAUAAAUCAAAACAAUGGAGAAGCUAAAAACAUCUCUAAUUUUCUUGACAUUUUCAUGCAUUUUCAUAUCCACCCCUACAGCACAUGCUGACAAACAAAUCCCCGACAACGGCACCAAAAAUUCGUGGUUCGAAAACAUCUGCAAAGGACGGGAAAACAUUGCCAAACUCCAUUUCUACGUUCAAGACGUACGAAGCGGUCCGAACACCACCGCGUUCAACGUCGCUAGCUCCGCGGUCGCCUCGCCCGGCUCUUUGACGAGGUUCGCCGAAGUCAACGUCUUGGACGACAAGCUGACGGCGGCGCCGGAGCUCGACUCCGAGGAAAUCGGCAGAGUGCAGGGGCUCACGGCCUCCGCUGACAUGCGGGUUAGGGCUAUUUCCUUGUCCUUAAACUUCGUCUUCACGUCGGGGAAGUACAACGGCAGCACGAUCACCAUCGUCGGAAGGAACCAGCUCGGAGACAAACAACGUGAGCUGCCGGUGGUCGGUGGCACCGGCAUUUUCCGAUUUGCCCGUGGAUACGCUCUCACCACCACUUAUUUGAACGAUGCGGUGGCCAAUCGCACGGUGCUCGAAUACUCGAUUUACGUGACAAGCACGAUCGGAUGAGUGCGUGUGUAUAUUGAUGAUGUCAUUAUAUACGUAAUGUGACAUAACAUGCGUGGGGUAAUAUAGUUUGGAUGGGAGAUAUAGAGACUGUGUUGACUAAUAAUGUCUCUACUGAUCUUCAAUAGAAUAAUAAAUCAUGCUCAUUAGGGCUCGUUUGGUAUUGUCGUAUAAGAUGUGAUAUAUUUGAUUGAAAUGUUUUUUAUUGUAAGUCAUAUUAAUGUUAUAUUU